CAUCAUCAUCAACAACAGCAUGGCGGCCGUCGAUCUGGCCUGUCCCCCUCGUUGAAAAGGAAUCAACGUCAACAACAACAUCAACAACAGAAUGGCGGCCGUCGAUCUGGCCUGGGACGAGUCGGCGCGCCGCAGCGGCCGCUACUCGCCGCGCGCCGUGCGCCGCCUCGCCUCGUCCUCCGAGGAGCGCGUCACCGACGACUCCUCGGACACGUUCGCGCCGCGGCGGUCGUCCCUGUUCCGCAUGCGGGACGACGACUACGGUGAGGAGUCCGAGUACAGCAGCGGCAGUAGCGAGGCCACGGGGCGCCGCAGCAGCACGCUCGGCUGGCGCCGCAGCCCCCCGCCGGGCUCAGUCUUCGCCGUGGUCAGCACCGCCGUGGUGCUGCUCUGCUCGGGCGCGCUGCUGUACCUGUACGUGAACUGGUCCAACGACCGACUCGGCCAGCUGGCCUCGGCCACCAAGCGCGCUCCCGCCGCCGCCGCCGCCGGCUCCAGCGUGGAGGCCGGCAGCACUCCCCCCGUCGACAACGCCACCGCUGCACCGUCUUCGAGCAGCAAGCCGGGCAAGACCACUACUUCGACCGAGGUGCCGCAGGAGCAACAGGAGGAGCAGCAGCGGAGCCCGUUGCACGGCAUGUGCCUGAGCCGCUUCUGCCUGGCGCACUCGUCCUAUCUCGAGGGCUACCUGGACUGGGCGGCGGACCCGUGCGCGGACUUCUACGCGUUCGCGUGCGGUCGCCGCCGCCGUGCGUCCGACGUUCUGCUGGAGGCGCGCACGGAGCGGGCCCUGCUCGAAGCGCUGCGCGCCAGGCCGCCGCCGCUUCUCGGACUCUGCUGGAAGGGGUCGACGCAGGUCGGCUUGCGGCAGCUGCGCGAGCUGCUCGAGGACGUGGGCCUGGCCGGCUGGCCGUACCGCAACAACCGCGACCACGUGGACGCCUGGCGCGUCGCCGCCACGCUCACGCGGGACCUCGGUCUGGACGCGCUCCUCGCCGUGGAGCUGCUGCAGACGGCCGGCGGCCAGACGCUCGUGACCCUGGGCGAGCCGGACCUGCUCAUCGGGCAGCACCGGGAGCGACGACUGCCGCGAUGGUACACGGACGGCGCCGCGGCCGCGUUUCGCCUGGCGGGCGGGUCGGAGCCCAACGCGAGCGCGGGAGUGCGCGACUUCUCCGAGAAGCUGGCCGAGAUCUCGAGCAGUCGCGGCGAGGAAGACUUCGCAGCCAGUCGGUUCCGCAUCACCAGCGUCGCAUCGUACGCCGCCUACAAGCCGCUGCUCUCGCUCGUGCUGCGCGGCCUGGUCACGGUACGCGACCAGACGAAGCUCCUGGUGAAGAGCGACCGGUACCUGCGCGCGCUGCGGUCGGUGCUGCAGAUGACGCGCGCCUCGGACGUGCUCAACUACCUCGGCUUCCGGCUGCUGGUGCACGUGUCGCCACUGCUGCAAGGGGACGAGUUCCGCGAGCUGUGGCAGCUGCGCCACAGGGGAAGCGCGUCGGCCGGCUGGCCGCGUUGGAAGCGCUGCCUGCAUCAGCUCGAGCCGCUCCUGCAGGACGCGUACAUGGCCGCGUUGGCGCCCCUGCUGGAGGCCCGACUGCCGUCGCUGUCGGCGCUCGCCGCCGAGCUCAAGGGACGCCUGGUCGCCGCGCUGCCCUCGCUGCCCUGGAUGUCGACCGGAGACAGGGCGCGCGCUCGCAACGUGCUGGCCGCCGUGCGGGUGCGCUUCUCCUACACGUCAUCGCCGACGUCGCGCCACCACCAGAGGGCGCCAGUGGCGCGUCUGCUUUCAGCUUACCGCGACGCUUGCCGUUCGUCGCUGCCCGCCCGGCUAAGCGGCCGCUGGAAGGGCUCGCUGUUCGACACGUGGCCCCGUUGGGACUGGGCCAGCGGCUCCGUGUUCGUACCCGCGGCGCUACUGGACUUAGGUCAGCCGGCGGACCAGGAGUCGCUGGGCGUGCCACGCCUGGCGACUCGGCUGGCGCGGAGCCUUUUGCAGGCGGUGCACCAGCGCAGCCAUGCUCUAGGCCGCCUCGAGUGGUCGCUGAACACGUCGACGGCCCUGCACCGCCUCCAGGGCUGCCUGAACGCGCAGCGCGGAGGACCGGAACCGGACGGCCUCUCGUCUCUUCGCCGCUGGUUGGACAGCGCAGCGCUGUCGCCAGCGCAAGCGCAGUUCUCGUCCUACCUGCGCGAGCGGCGCGUCGCGAUGGGCGACACCCUGCGCCGGGGUCUGACCACGCGCCAACUCUUCCACGUGCUGCUGGCUACCAGUCUGUGCGAGGGCCACGAUCCGGAGGCGCAAGAGCGCGUCAACCAGCCUCUGCGCAACUCUCAGGACUUCGCCGCUCUCUGGAACUGCUCGCUGGGUUCGCCCAUGAACCCACGUCGCAGGUGCACGCUCUGGAGCGCUGCACAGUAGCAAUAAAGGCGUCGUGUUGCGUACCACGGCCAAGCGAUAGCCGCC